UGGACCGACAAAUGCGACGCAGCCUUCAGUCUGCCCAGUCGCCCACAGCUCAUAACCCGCGGAUUUACAAUCAACAAUUGACACAUAAUUCUGCCCAGGGAUACCUUUCUGUGCCAUCGGUAUAUUUUGUAAAUAUGGGGUGGUUUGUGUAUCCUACCAUGGUCUAGCUACAAUCUCUGAUUUGUGAAGCAGCAGCAGCCCGCUAGCACUGAGCCAGGAUGUCCAGUAGCUCGGGCUACCCUCCCAGUCAGGGGAGCUUCAGCAGCGAGCAGAGCAGAUACCCACCACAUUCUGUCCAGUACACCUUCACCGGCACGCGCCACCAACAGGAUUUCACCGUCCCAGACUAUCGGACUCACAUGCAAGAUCCACAGGGUCGGAGAAGACCAUCUUUACUGUCUGAAUUCCACCCUGGAACUGAAAGGCCUCCAGAGAGACGGCAUGGUUAUGAACAGCAGUUUCACUCCAUCACAGCCCAGCCUGAGCAUGAGGCUUUGGAGGCUAAACGCCCACGCAUGGAAACUGUUGCUGAGGCCCAAAUGACCCGCACCCCUCCCAUGGCUGGGGGUAUUGUGCUGCCCUUAACCCAUACAGUACAGGACAGUCUAAGAGCCACUGUGGAGGUCAAAAAGGAGUCUCAGUUCACUGUCAAAGUGGAGUCCCCAGGAGGACCUACACUACACAUGGGUGAAGAGCAGGACACUUCUCCUUCCAAACUAUCCAAGGAGGAGCUGAUCCAGAGUAUGGACCGUGUGGACAGAGAGAUUGCCAAAGUGGAGCAGCAGAUUUUCAAGUUGAAGAAAAAGCAGCAACAACUGGAGGAGGAAGCGGCGAAGCCAGUGGAGCCAGAAAAGCCAGUGACCCCUCCCCCAGUGGAGCACAAGCACCGCAGCAUAGUCCAGAUCAUCUACGAUGAGAACAGGAAAAAAGCUGAAGAGGCCCAUAAAAUACUGGAAGGUCUUGGUCCUAAGGUUGAGCUGCCCCUGUACAAUCAGCCAUCAGACACAAAGGUGUAUCAUGAUAACAUCAAGACCAACCAAGUCAUGAGGAAGAAGCUGAUUUUAUUUUUUAAGAGGAGGAACCACGCUCGUAAACAAAGGGAACAGAAGAUCUGCCAGCGCUAUGACCAGCUGAUGGAAGCGUGGGAGAAGAAGGUGGAGCGAAUGGAGAACAACCCCAGACGCAAAGCCAAGGAGAGCAGAACACGGGAGUACUAUGAAAGGCAAUUCCCUGAGAUCCGUAAGCAGCGAGAGCAGCAGGAGCGCUUCCAGAGGGUUGGACAAAGAGGAACUGGUCUUUCUGCAACAAUUGCAAGAAGCGAGCAUGAGAUUUCUGAAAUCAUAGAUGGCCUUUCUGAGCAGGAGAACAACGAGAAACAGAUGAGACAGUUGUCAGUCAUCCCGCCCAUGAUGUUCGACUCUGAGCAGAGGCGAGUGAAGUUUAUUAACAUGAACGGCCUGAUGGAUGACCCAAUGAAGGUGUACAAAGCCCGGCAGUUUAUGAAUGUUUGGACCGAACACGAAAAGGAGAUCUUUAAGGAGAAGUUUGUGCAACACCCCAAGAACUUUGGCCUGAUUGCCUCGUAUCUGGAGAGAAAGUGUGUUGCUGACUGUGUUCUUUACUACUACUUGACCAAGAAGAACCACAACUACAAGACGCUAGUGAGGCGUAACUAUGGAAGACGGAGAGGAAGGAACCAGCAAAUAACACGUCCCUCACAAGAAGACAAAUCAGACGACAAAAACGAAGAGGACAAAUCUGAGAAGUCCGAGAAAAAAGAGGACGAGGAAAAGAAGGACGAGGAAGAGAAAGAUGAAAAGGAGGAUACUAGGGACAUUGGCAAGGACAAAGACAAGUGUGACGGUGGGGAGGACGAGGACGGAAAGGAGCAAAACACGCCGCGUGGCAGGAAGACUGCCAACAGCCAGGGCCGCCGUAAGGGAAGGAUCACCACACGUUCCAUGGCCAAUGAGGCUGCGUCUGUGGCGGCUGAGGAAGCACCUCCCUCUGCCCCUGAGCCUGCCCUGCCAGAUCCUCCGCAGCUCCCAAAAUCUGAUCCAGCGCAGAAGGCCAUGAAGGAGCCUGCAAAACCCCAGACUCCAAUAGCUUCCAUGGAUGCUAAUAAAGCUGCUGCUGGUGAAACCGGAGAAACUUCUCGCUGGACCGAGGAGGAGAUGGAGGUCGCCAAAAAAGGGCUAGUUGAGCACGGGCGGAACUGGACAGCCAUUGCCAAAAUGGUGGGCACCAAAAGCGAGGCACAGUGCAAGAACUUCUAUUUCAACUACAAGAGACGUCACAAUCUGGACAACCUGCUCCAGCAGCAUAAGCAGGAUACAAGGCGGGCACGUGCUGAUAGGUCUCAAGGUGAAGGUCUAGCCACAGCAUCACCCGACGAUGAUGAUGAGGACAACGCUGAUGACAGUGAAGGUGGCGACAACAGCUCUGAUACAGAGAGUGCCCCCUCCCCCACUCAGGCUGACUCCUCAAAGUCUGGCGACUCCAAGAGGUCAGACAGCGCUGCAGGAGAUGCUCAGUGCUCUGACCAGGACAAAGGUCUGGCUAGCAAUGGGAAGGCCAUGGAGCCCUCAUACGGCAAACUCUGUGUCAAGGAAGAAAAAAGCCCAGAGAGUGAGACUGGAUCUCUGGAGGAAAAGGCCAGGAUGGCCUCCUAUGCAGGCUCAGUGCGUCCAAAAACCGAACCUCAGGAUGUGGACAUGAAGGCUGGAGAGGUUCAGGUCAAGAUGGAGCCUGAGAUCAAGGAGAGAGGAGAAAAGGGAGAUCAUGGCGAGAGGCUUGGGGAACUCCACUCAGAUAAUGACUCCAGCGCCACCUGCAGUGCUGACGAGGAUGUGGAAGCAGAGCCUGAAAGACAAAGAAUGUUCGCCAUGGAAAAGCCUUCAUUGAUCAACCCUCCAGGCUCGGUGCUGGUGUCCUCACCCAAGCAAACCCAACUCAACAUCCAGCAGCUGCAGCAGCGUGCAGCUGCCAUCCCACCAAUGGUGCCUGGUGCUUUUGGCACUAGUGGCGUGAGUAUGAGUGGACUUACGAUGUUGCAACACCAAAUCAAAGCAGUGCAUGAGUCGGCGCACCAAGAGGAGAAACAGAGGCAGGAUCAGGGAGACCUGGAGCGCAGACCCCCCUUCAACACCCGCAGCCCCACCAUACUAGACAGAGAUGGUAAGCCCUUAACCUACAUGCCUUAUGAAAUGAAGCUGGCUCUGGACCAGGAGGCCCACUCUGGUCGGCCAGGCUCUCCCUACAGACUCUCCCCCAGGGAGCUGAGCAAGGCCUCACCCCAGCUUGACCCCAACGCCCCGAAUGCCUCCCGCUACAGUGUGCCACCAGUACUCCACCCCGCCCCGAAUCAGCUGGUCCAGAGUAUGCCAGAUGGAGUCCGUGUCACGUUCAGCAGACCCAGUCGACCUCCCAACAUUCCCUCUCCUCCUCCACUCAUUCCAACCACCAAGCCCACGGACAAGCCCUCCUUCAUCCAAGGAGGCUCCAUCUCCCAGGGAACUCCUGGCACAUACUUGCCGUCCCAUGCUGUCUAUGGGCCAGAGGGGACUAAGAGCGCUGUGGGCUCCAUAUCUCUGGGUUUGCCUCGGCAGCAGGAUCCUAACAAGCCUGGAGCUGCAGUUCCAUCCAUACAAGACGGCAGAGGCAACCCUGCAAAAAUGGGCGAGGGUCUGGCUUUCAGAGGAUCAAUCACUCAGGGCACACCAGCGCUGCCCCAGUCUAGCAUUGCUGCUGACCUCCUGAAAGGCACCAUCACAAAGCUUGCCACAGAGGACCUGAGCAGCCCAGACAAGGCCAGGGGAGAACAGCCUAAAGGUCAUGUCAUCUAUGAAGGCAAGAGUGGUCACAUUGUAUCCUAUGACGCUAUUAAGAACACCAGGGAAAACACCCGCAGCCCCAGAACUGGCCAUGAGAUGAAACGCACUUACGACAUGAUGGAGGUACCCAUGGGCAGGGGACACCCUGGCAGGGAAGGAGCUCCAUUUGAGGGUUUGAUUAGCAGAGCCUUGCCUAGAGAUGGUCUACAUGGAGAUUCUAAGGAAAGACCAUUGAUCACUGGAUCCAUCAUGCAAGGAACACCUAGAACCGCUGCAGAGUCCUAUGAAGAUGCCAUGAAAUAUGGAAAACAGAUAAAACGAGAGAGCCCACCAAUCCGCUCAUUCGAAGGGGGUAUUGGUAAGGGCAAGCCGUAUGAGGGAGUCAACACUAUCAAAGAGAUGGGACGCUCCAUUCAUGAAAUACCCCGACAAGAUCAGUCUGGCCAGGGGCUAGAGGGGUCCAUGUCUCAGAUUCACCCUCUCAACCAGUCUACUAUCAAGCACAAUGUCAAGUCCCUAAUUACCAGUCCCUCUAAGCAUCCCCACAGCAUGCCCCAGCUCGAGGCCAUGGAACGAGCCAAAUACGAGGAGAGCAAGGCAGUACGCCACACUGUGGUCAACUCCACCACCUCUGUCCUGCGUUCCACACACCAGGAGGCUAACAAGUCCCAGCUUAGCCCGGGCAUGUAUGAGGAUGCCAACGCUCGCAGGACUCCUGUGAACUACACCACCAAUCCCGGGUCCCGAGGGUCACCCAUGCUGGGACGUACUCCAGACGGUGGAAUGGGCUCUGCGAAAUCUGCUGCACAUGAAAGAAAGAGUGCCAUGACCCCUACACAGCGGGACAGUGUCCCAGCUAAGUCUCCAGUGUCGGGUGGUGACCCUGUAGCCUCUCACAGCCCCUUCGACCCUCACCACCGGCCCGUUGGUCCUGGGGAAGUGUACCGAGCCCACCUGCCUCCACAUCUUGACCCCACCAUGGCCUUCCACAGAGUGCUGGAUCCUGCAUUCAUGUUCCCCAGGCAGCCGUCCCCAACAGGUUACCAUCAUAACACCUACCAGCUGUACACCAUGGAGAACACACGGCAGACCAUCCUCAACGAUUAUAUCACUUCCCAGCAGAUGCAUCCUGUCAUCCCUCGACCUGACAUGGCCCGAGGCUUGUCACCACGGGAACAGCCUGCCGCUAUCCCUUACGCAGCGGGAGCUCGAGGGAUUAUUGAUCUAGCCCAGAUGCCUCCAACUAUCCUGUUGCCUCACCCUGGGGGAACAGGUACUCCCACUAUGGAACGCAUCGCCUACCUCCCUGGAGCUCAGCCCCCUUUCCCUCAUAGGGCUUUCAACCCAACCUCCAUAUCGCCAGGUCACCAAGCCCAUCUUGCUGCUGCAGCUGCUGCCAGUGCAGAGAGGGAACGGGAGAGGGAGCAGCAGGACAAGGAGAAAGAAAAGGAAAGAGAGAGGGAGCAGCGGGAGAGGGAGCGGGAAAUGCGAGAACGAGAGCGCGACCGGGAGCGAACCAAUGAAUACAUUCGUGGAGGUGGACCAGAGCAGCCAGGGCGACCAGGGAGUCGAGGUUACUUGCAUUCCCCUUCUCCCUCGCUUAGGACGCAGGAAGUAGUGGUUCAGCAGCGGCCUAGUAUCUUCCAGGGCAAGAGUGUCAUCACCUCUCUAAUACCCCAUUCAACAGCAGUGACAGCAGUGGGUCAGAGUAGCUCUCGGUACAGUACCGCAGCUGAUGCUCUGGCUGCUCUGGUGGACGCUGCAGUCUCUGCCCCACAGAUGGAUGUGGCCAAGGUGAAGGAGAACAAACAUGAACGGGAUGACGACAUGUCCUCAUCAGCUGCUGGUCGGCGAGCAGCCAGCCUCUCAGAGCAGCAGCAGCAGCAGCAGCAGCAGCAACAGGAGGCCGAAAGGCGAUCCAUGCAGUCCCCUUAUGGUGGUAUGUCUCUGCCAGGGGGUAAGCCCCAUUCAGCUUACUCUGAGGUCACUGGAGUCGGGGGUAAGGAUAAGGGCCCUCAAACCUCAAAGUCCCGCAUUGAAGAGGAGCUUCGGACUCGUGGGAAGACAACUAUCACAGCCGCUAACUUCAUUGACGUCAUCAUCACACGACAGAUAGCCUCGGAUAAAGACUCACGAGAGCGAGGCUCCCAGAGUUCUGACUCCUCGAGCAGCUUGUCAUCCAGUCGAUAUGACAACACCGGUGGAGGAGCCAUUGAGGUGAUUAGUCCCGCUAGUUCCCCAGUCCAGCCCCAACAGGACAAACCAGAAGAAGUGCAACAACAAGCAGCAACUGGCAUGCGGGCCUAUGACAUGAGUCGUUACCGGCCAUCAGGGGAGCCUCCACAGCCCAGUGCCCAGCAGCCCCCCUCCUCCCAGGCUGAGAGCUACUCCCAGGUCCCCAAGACUCACCGGGUUAUGACUUUGGCAGACCACAUUUCGCAUAUCAUAACCCAGGACUUCGCCCGGAAUCAGGACCCUCCGGUCUCCUCAGCUUCAGCCACAUUCCAGAGCGUCCUGCCAUCCAUGUCCUCUUCAGGUCGAGCUAAGAUGCCCAGCCGCUACAGUCCUGAAAAUCAGGUCCAGGCCUCACACCACCAGAGACCCUCCAGCAGAGUUUCCCCAGAGAAUGCCCCUGACAAGUCCAGAGCCAGGCCUGGUAAGUCUCCAGAGCGAGGUGGCAGGCAGAUGGAGAACUAUGAACCCAUCUCUCCACCACAGAGCUACCAAGGCAUGGACAAACAGGAGGCUGGCGGGCCUCCACCCCAGAGGCGAGAGGCUGACAACUCAGAGAUCAGGAGUGACUCUCGAUCCCCGGGGAGUGUCAGCUAUCUGCCUUCCUUCUUCACCAAGCUGGAAAACACCUCGCCUAUGGUAAAAUCAAAGAAGCAGGAGAUCUUUCGUAAGUUGAACUCCAACUCUAGUGUCGGUGAUUCUGAUAUUGGAAACGCGCAACCAGGCACAGAGAUUUUCAACUUACCUGCUGUCACCAGCUCCAGCAGCAUCAACACCAGGAAUCACUCCUUUAGUGACCCAGCCAGUAACCUGGGCCUGGAGGACAUCAUCCGCAAAGCUUUGAUGGGCAAUUUGGAGGAGAGACAGGAGGAGCACCAGGGAGGAGUAGGGUCUCAGGGUCUCAACAACACAGUCAGUGACAGCCGCCAGGAGGCCAACCCGUCACCCAGUAUGGGGAAGCAGAAGCAGGGCAAAGCCAACAGCAGGAAAUCAAAGUCACCUAACCUGGGUCAGGCCUACGCUGGGGGGGAGCGUCCCUCUUCAGUGUCCUCCGUCCACUCCGAGGGAGAUUAUCACAGACAAGCCCAAGCCCAACCCCAGUGGAGCUGGGACGACCGACCUUCAUCCACAGGAUCCAUGCAGUUCCCUUACAACCCCCUGACCAUGCGCAUGCUAAGCAGCACGCCACCCACAUCCAUAGCUUCCCCAGCCAUACAGAGCCAGCAGCAACAACAGCAGCAGCAGCAGCAGCAGCAGCAGCAGCAGGCACCUACAGCUGGAGCCCCGGUGGCCCAGCAGCGUGUGUGGCAGUCUCUGCUGUCAGAGCAAUACGAGACCCUGUCAGACAGCGACGACUGAGCCCUGCACGCUACAAGCCCAAUAACCAGAGGAGAGGCCUGCACUGAGGCUUGUCUGUUCACCCCAUUUCCCAGAACUAACCUCGCUCACUGGCGAGUGUGAUGAGUUGAUGGGGUGGUGUCCUUUUUUAUUUUUGGUGCUAUGUCGCCCCCUGGCUGUUAGCUAAGAGUACAUGCAGCAGCCUGUUUCAGGCAGGGCUCUCCAGAAUAAGACUUGCUUGUGGUCAGGAAGCACUCACCCUGCCUGUCGGGGAAAUAAAGAAAACUCGAUUGAGGGGAUGACAUGAGCUAUAGUAAAGAUGAAGAACUUAAUAUGUAAAAAGAAACAACAUAAGAGACUAUUUCUGAAUUUCUGUAAAGAUAUACCUUGUCUUUAAGAAAACCAUUGUAUGUAAAUAGAGUAACCUUUUGCAGUGUUUUUCUUAACUUGAUUAUUUCUUAUUUUAAUGUCGCUUUUAAAUUGAUCCACUUUAAAUGGGAAGAGUAGGGUGUAAUCUUUUAAUAUCACAGUUGGUCUCUCCCAGUCCACCCCCACCCCAAGUCACAUGACACCCACUCUAAUAUUUUUACCAUAGCGACGCUAAAGAGAGACCGGACCUUUGGUUUGUACUUGACCAUGAGUGGAGCACAGAGAUUGUGCCACCCUGCGCACCAUCCACCAAGCACCACCAGAGCCUGAACAUUGUGGACAUUUGAGGACGAAACAAAACACAGACUAACAUUUCAAACAGCAUUGAUAUUUGUUGCCUGUCUUCGCCACAUAGUGGAGAUGAUGCAUGGAUUGUAACUAUCAGAUGAUAGAGGUAACUUCUCACCCCUGUUGUAGACAGAGAAAUGUCUUCAAAACAAGUUGAGAACACUGGUGUCAUAGAAAGGUGAAAAGUCUGAUAUAAGCUUAAUUUUGCCAGAAAAGAUAUCUUUAUGACUACUCCUGGACCCCGUCUGAAUAAUGAAAGUGAGCCAAUGUUAUUUUGUUAAUUUUUAUUUUUUCAAUAGAGCUAUGGUGUGUCACAUGUAGCUGUCUCUCUCUGCAGUUUCCAACCUGUCCAGAAUGAUCUGCUCUGCAAUGUUGUCAUGGUAAAAAAAAAAAAAGUGUCAGGUUUUGCCAUGCCUUGUGACUUGAGAAAGAAGGCAGCUUUAACUAAUUUUCUCAGAGAUAUACGUUGGUGUUUGAUGUUUGUAUUUGUUUCUAUAGUCCCUCUUUUUUUCCUUAUUUUUUUUUUUUUUUUUUUGAUACUGUCCUGACAAAAAUCUGAACUCUGUAAAUUGUCUUUACAUUACACAAAAAGACAAAACUAACCAAACAUAAAGAAUGGUCUGCACCAUUGUUGCACUUUUUUGCUUUGUAGCUUUUGACAAAAAAAAAGCAUACUACCUGCUGUGUAACUUAUUCAACCUCCAGCACAGGAGUAUACUAAGAUGUGCUUUAAGUUUUUUCCCCAACACUCACAGAAUUCUGGAUGUUUUGACUUCCUGUCUUUUCUUGUAGUUGGUACAUGAUUUUGUAGUGUGACACUUGCAUCACAGUUACAGUUUUAAGUGUAUGGUACCGUUAAAUGUUUAAGAACUUUGCUGUCAUGGUGAUUCCACACCGUGACCACUUAAUCUCUGCUUUCAUUGUGUCAAUCAACAGGCAUAAAGCUUUGAAUAUGAAUUAUACUAGGUCAACUUCAUAAAUGGCAGUAAUGUUCCUUUGCAAGUCUUUUUUUUAGAUAUGUGAAAUAAUACCAUAUUUAGACUUUUUCAGCUUUCAAUUUGCUCAGUUAACAAAUCUAUUCUGCUCUAAACUUGAUAUUCCUUUGUUCCUUUCAUUUUGAUUUUGAAUCAUUUGUCAUAGCACAUGUACAGAUUUUUAUUUUCUGUCAUUUUCAACAUCUUUGUUAUGCAUCCUGUUUAAAUGGGAUGUUAUGUGUUUACAAAGGCAAUGAAAAAAAAAAAGUUUACAAACUUGAAUCUUAAAAAAAUCCGACAUGAAGCCGAAAAAGAAUUGGAGCAUCUUUUCAGCUCUUUAUCAAACACACAGUGGUGACUUUUUUUUUUUUUUUUUUUUUUUUGAAAUUGAGACUUGAAACCCCGUGUAUCCUGAUGAUGUUGAAAUGCAAUGUUUGUAUCGCACAAUGUCUCUUAGUAGGCUAUUACAAGAGUUCAGACCAAUCAAAUAAAGUGGAUCAGUUCUCCACCACUGAAAAA